AUGAGGCAGGCCUCGACUGAUCCAGCCAUUGUCGCAACAGCCAUGGCCUCGGCCCUUGUCUCCACUAGUACGCCAGAGGCGAUGCGCCAUCCAUCAUCAUCAGGAGGCGUGCUCUCGCUCUCGAGCAAUGUCCCACACACAUUAGCAAGAACACCGACGUCACGAGGAUCCCUCGACAAGGCUGUGCAAGCGCAGAGAGCAGUGGACCACGACAGCAUUCCAUUGCUGCAGCAGCAGCAGCAGCAGCAGCAAUCACACGGCAGCAACCACGAGCAUGUGCUCCAGACGCCGCGAAGGGGCAGGCGUCUCGCUGGUGUUGACCUUGGUUGGGACUCUCCUCCUUCGGCUGAGUCGACGGGACGCUUUGCCUCUCUCACCUUCCCUUCAGCAAACGGCAGGCAGGAGAAGAGGAAGAAAGCCGGGAUAGAGGCGACUUUGGCGACGCCAAGGAAGCGUACCGCCCACGUCGGCAACAGCGGCUCCUCUGACGGCUUGUCGCUCGUCGACGCAUCAGGUCGGGCUUCUGCUGCGCUUACAGGUCUGUCUGGAGGCCAACCCCCCGCUUCGCAACGGCAAAACAAGACAGACUUUUCACCGGAACUUUCUUCACCGACGCCAGCCCCAAGGAGCAAAGCUGGAGAGAACGUCGGACACUACGACAGACUGAAGGCAUUUGAUCGCUCCUCUCCUCGCCAAGACGCUCCGGCUAUGUUGGCCGUCGAGCGAGCUGGCAUGGGCAGGGUCAUCGUUCAUCGCGAAUUGGCCCAACAGAUAUCUUCCUCGUCCUCUUCAACGCUCGGUAUGCCAGAGGCAUCUUCGUCAUCACCGUCACAAUCCAGAAGCACCGACGGCGCCUCAUCGUCCUCGUCCUCAAGGAGCGCAGUGUCGACAAAUGCAACAUCGCUCGACAACCUCGGACCUUCGCCAAGCUUUUCCCUCUCUUCCUCGUUUCCCAGUUCAGAGCCCUGCUCUCCCGUACAUGGAGCAGCUUCGACGAACCAAAAAGCACAGUCGAUGCUGUCGGCUUUUCAGAACCACUUGGCUCACAUGGCGUCAUCGUCGAGUGAGACACCGAAAGUCACGGCCAAAGCUGAUCUGUUCUAUCAGCCACGUCUUGGCGGCUCGACCGCGCUGCACAUCGAUCAGAUGCCUACUCUUGACUGGCCAGACAGCCCUACGGGACCUUGGGCCGCAGCGAGCCAACAUCUCUGCAAAGCGCAGACAGAGCGCAAGAGUCGCAUUGCAAGGUGGCUUGACGAAGAUAGCGGCGACGAAGGUCAUGCACUCCUGCAGAGAUCCUUUGGCGAUCAAGAUCCUCAACAUCAUCCUAUGGUCGCCAAGGUGCUCUGGGACCGUGUGAGGAAGGACGCGCUGCUCACAUCGAGGGCUUCGAUGCCACAGCUACGCCGGACAAAGUCGGACAAGAAGCUGCCGUCGUCAUCGAAGAAACAGAGCAGCAUGGCCAAGUCAAGCAAGGCACGAGGCAAGCGCAAGACGGCAGCAAGGGCUGAAAAGGAGCCCUCUAGCGUUCUGCUCCAUCCUCCCUCGGCCACUUCUCUGUCUCAGCAGGCUUCGCACAGACGGUCAAUGGCUGCGCUCAGCCCCUUGUCUUCGUCUUCCAUGAUCGCUUGCCACUGCGGAUCAGGCGAGGAGCGAGGUGCCAUGAUCUGCUGCGACGGCUGCAUUCGUUGGUACCAUUGCUCGUGCGUUGGCCUCGGCUCGAGAGAAACAAUCAAGGAGGAGCAUUGGUACUGCCAGGAGUGCAGCGAAAUGAUUGCAUCUGGUGUUUCACCCAUGAGUCCGUCAAACGCCACAUCAGCUCACGCGGCAUCUUCGUUGGGUGGUAGCAGCAUCCUGGGCACUCCCUCGUUCCCGAGAAGCACAGCUGCUCAUCAGCUUCGACCCGGCGCAGGCCACCUGCCCGUCUUUGCGCAGCCAAUCGAGUCACCGAUGCGUGAGGCAAAUGGCCUGCAGCAGAUGUCGUUGUCUAGCGCUCUAGCCUUGGCACCGAGCCCGCAGAUGCCCUCGACGGAUUCAGACCCGAUGAGAGUUCGAUCCGGAGGUCGAAGUAGGGCAGAGAGGGUCGGCUGGCAUUUCAACGAGCCCUCAUCGCCCUUGGAUCGCAAGAGUAGCGUCAACGCGCGUACGCCGAGCAAGGGAUCCAUGAUCCCCGGAAGGGCUCCCACGUCACCUUCGCCGAGAUCGCGAGUGCCAUCAUACGACCUACAUGAUCCGAUGAGCACGCCUUUCAUGCUGGGCAUGAUGCCAACCAAUCCCUCGAGCACUGGCGGAUCCGCCCCGGGACCAUCGGAACUUCGGUACACCAGCCGUGACCGCACACCAAGUCCGAGGCCCUCGUCCUCCCGUAGAGAUGCCCACCUUUUGGCCACGCCCACUCGACAUGCCAAAAGCGGGCGAACAUCCGACUGGUCCGGCGGGCGACAUCAUCGAAGGACGACAUCGAGCUAUCGCGACCUGGACGGCGUCAGAGAUGCCGCCGACGUCUUCUCCUCCCCCUCUCGCGUCCUGCAGACACCGACUUCCUGGGGCCAUCACGGCCGCAUUGCUUCUUCCAAUGUUGAGCUGCAUUCCGUCACGACGCCGAGAACCCAUUCAAGGGAGGAAUCGGGGCCCAGCGCAUGGACCUUUAGCACUCCCACCACGAGGGCCUUUAUGGACAGCGCCUUUGGCUCCGCAUCGGACCACAACCCGCCCAGUCUCGUCUACUCCUCAUCGGCUGGUGGCACAGGCGGCCACCAUCUCGACAAUGGUGAGAGCCACAGCAUGUUGAGGUCUUGGCAGAUGCAGUCGCCCACCUCUUCGACGAGGGCCGCCACAAGGGCCCGCCAAGUCUCUUCUGAGCGAAGUAGGACGAUGACUUCUUCGCUCCGUAACUUCUCGGCUCCAGACGGGCAGAAGGGUGGUGACCGACGAAAGUCCGACUGGGACGUCAUCUCGGACACAGAUGAGCCUCCAUCCAGCAGCCCUUUCCCUAAGACGCCCACAUUUUCCGAUCAGGGUCAUCACACUGGACAUCACCAUCGCUAUCACCACGAGUCGCCAUCCUCGUCGCGAGGAACGGUCUCGACCUCGUCGAGGCGUCUUGCAAAGCUGGCGUCUUCUACAGGAGCGCCAGGUACAGCUGUUGGUCUCGAAGGACCAGCUGAAUUCCUCAGUCGCACUCGUGUUCCUUCCUCGCAAACGAGCCACAAGAAUGCGACACCACAGCAACAAGCCACAGCAACCCAUCAGCACCAGCAACAAGCCUCGGCAACCCCAACCACAAACGACUUUAUGGCGGGUCUGGGCCUCGGCCUGGACUUCGACGAUGUCGUCAACUUGUCCUUUUAG